GCACCAAGAUGGCGGCCGAGGCGGCGACGCUGUUCCGCUGCCAGCUGUGCGGCCGCAGCGCCUUCGCCGGUCGCCGGAGCCACCUGUACAGCGCGGGGCACCAGCGGCGGCUGCGCGCGGCCCUGGCCCGGCUGGCCGAGAAGGUGGCGGCGGCGCGGGCGGCGGCGCGGCGGGCGGAGGUGCUGCCCUUCCAGGCCGGCGAGCACGAGCGGCGCGUCUGGUGCCCCUGCUGCGCGCGCGAGGUCCGGAGCCACCUGAGCCGCGGCGCGCGGACGGUGCUGCACGGCGGCCUCUUGGAACACCUGGCCAGCCCGGAGCACGCGAGAGCCGUGGCCGCCUUCUGGAGGAAGAACAGGGCCGACCCCAAGCAGAAGGCUGACUUCCUGCUGUCGGCGGGGGAGUACCGGCGCUUUCAGGAGUCUCUCUGCCAAGCCCUGGAUGCUUACGAAGAGAAGGAAGACGCAGCCAUCCAGCAGGCUGCAGCUCACAUCCGAGACAUGGAACAGAAGAGACGAGAGAUGGUACAGGCCAUCUUAGAGCCACAGAGAGCGGACACGCUAAGUGAUGGAACCUCUGCUGUCUACACCUUUACAGGGAAUUUAAGUGAUUCUCCUUUUGCUAUGGAAGAGCAGGAGCAGCCUGGGCCAAGCUGGAACACCACUUUUCUUCAAGAAGAGCCUAUUUGUGCCAGCAGCACUACGCCUGAGCUGCACUACCCAGAAACAGGGCAGCCCUUAACUUUCAUUGGCCACCAGGAAACAGGUGGGGAGGGCAACAUUCACACAGGAGCAAAACCUCCCUGGCUGAUGAAUGAAGAGGAAGGUGAAAGGCAGAUUGGACCUUCCUAUGAAGAAUUCCUUAAGGAAAAACAGAAGCAGAAACUGAAGCAGCUCCCGCCCAACCGUGUUGGAGCCAACUUUGACCAUUCGUCUCAGACAGGAGAUGGUUGGCUCCCCUCCUUUGGGCGUGUUUGGAAUCAUGGUAGAAGAUGGCAAUCCAGACAUCAGUUCAAAGCCGAAUCUGGAAAUAAGCAGCCUGGGUCCAAGAGGAAAAGGCCUCGAACCAGCUAAAACAUCUGCCUCCCCAAGGCAGCGUGGCACAAUUCAAAGCCCAUUAAUCAAAAGCCCAGCUGCUGCUGUGGAAGACUUUGUGAUGGUUCCUGUGAAACGAAGUCUGCUUCUGUAGCCUUAAGCACGUAAUUGUAUUAUUAAAUGUAUUAUAAUAAAACUGAGUUAUAAUUGUAUAUGGAUUUUACUAAAAACAAUGGUUGCCAAUAAAUGUAUGCUACAAAAUAUUAAAA